AAGGAUAGAAAAUCCAAAAUUUAAUGGAAAAUCCAGAACGGGAUAAGGAUAUUUCCACCUGCGCAGUAUGGACGUCGGUUAAGCAAGUAAUGAAAGCAGAAAAUUCAAUGCAACAGACAGAGGGACAUGUAAUUUUGCAGUUGGCAAUUGUGAGUUUCUUUCUGCUCUGGCUCUGGCCUGCACCGGUUGAAUGCUUUUAUCUCUCUGAACAAAUGUCGAUGCUUAGAGCGAGAAGUCCAUACUUUUGACGCGCCAAAUUGCAAAAACGAAUCGGAACCUUUGCGUCUGCUGAGAGAAAAGUUGGAGACAAACUUGUAGAGGGUUGUGAGAUCAACGUUUUAAAUUUCAUUCUCAUUUCUAAUCCACAAAUUAUUUAACUCAUUUACCGCACACUUCAAUCGGCUUGAAAAUGGGGUUGAUUUCCGGGAUUUUAUUUGGGACGAUCUUUGGGAUUGUAUUAAUGGCUGGAUGGCGGCACAUGAUGAGGUACCGAAGCAACAAGCGAGUUGCAAAGGCAGUUGACAUUAAACUUCUUGGGUCACUUAAAAGAGAUGAUUUGAAGAAAAUAUGUGGUGACAAUUUUCCUGAAUGGAUAUCAUUCCCUGAGUAUGAACAGGUGAAAUGGUUGAACAAGGAAUUGAGCAAAUUAUGGCCAUAUGUUGCAGAUGCAGCAGAAUUGGUGAUAAAAGAAUCUGUUGAGCCUCUACUGGAAGAAUACCGACCUCCAGGAAUUACGUCAUUAAAGUUUAGCAAGUUGUCUCUUGGCAAUGUGGCACCCAAAAUUGAAGGUAUCCGUGUUCAGAGUCUUAAGGAAGGUCAAAUUACUAUGGAUAUUGAUUUCCGUUGGGGUGGUGAUCCAAGCAUCAUUUUAGGUGUUGAAGCUGCACUUGUAGCUUCAAUACCCAUUCAGUUGAAAGACCUUCAAGUUUUUACCAUUAUUCGUGUUAUCUUCCAACUUGCUGAAGAGAUACCAUGCAUUUCUGCCAUUGUCGUUGCUCUACUUUCUGAGCCAAAGCCAAGAAUUGAUUAUACUCUCAAGGCUAUUGGUGGAAGCUUAACAGCCAUUCCCGGAAUUUCGGAUAUGAUUGAUGAUACUGUGAAUACAAUUGUCACAGACAUGCUUCAAUGGCCCCAUAGGAUUGUUGUCCCAAUAGGUGGUAUACCUGUUGAUACAAGUGAAUUGGAGCUUAAACCUCAGGGGAAAAUUACAGUUACUGUCGUAAAAGCAAAUAAUUUGAAGAACAUGGAGAUGAUUGGAAAAUCUGAUCCUUAUGUGGUUCUGUAUAUUCGGCCACUAUUCAAGGUUAAAACACAUGUUGUUGACAACAACCUCAAUCCUGUUUGGAACCAAGCAUUUGAGUUGAUUGCAGAAGACAAAGAGACAGAGUCAAUUGUUUUUGAGGUUCUCGAUCAGGACAUUGGUCAAGAUAAGAGAUUGGGAAUAGCCAAAUUGCCUUUGAUUGAAAUUGGAGCAGAGACUCCAAAUGAGGUUGAAUUGAGACUUCAACCAUCACUUGAUAUGUUGAAAAUAAAAGACAAGAGGGACAGAGGAACCCUUGCUGUAAAGGUAUUGUACCAUGAAUUUAAUAAAGAGGAGCAGUUGGCCGCACUAGAAGCAGAGAAGACGAUCCUGGAAGAAAGAAAGAAGCUGAAAGCUGAAGGUGUUAUUGGGAGUACAAUGGAUGCACUUGAUGAAGCAGUCUCCCUGGUUGGUUCUGGAGUUGGGCUUGUUGGAACUGGAAUUGGUGCUGGAGCUGGGCUUGUGGGCAGUGGUGUUGGUGCUGGCGUCGGAAUCGUUGGGAGUGGCCUUGGAGCUGUGGGCAGUGGCUUGAGCAAAGCAGGAAAGUUUAUGGGCAGGACUUUGACAGGGCAUUCCAGCAAAAAGAGUGGCAGCAAUACUCCAGUGACUAGCAUCCAGGAAAACGGUGGUGCAAAGUCGUUACAACGCUGAAAUGGUGGUGCAAGGUAUGCGAAUGUAAAUAUACUUGUAUGUACUCUACUGGGUGGAAUUAUUUUAUUUCCUUGGUAGUUUCUGCUAUGCUGUUCUUUCUCCUAGCUUGAGAAUUUGUUAAUAAAAAAGCCGGUAUUCUUCAACUUGCUUUUUACUGAAUUAUCUUCGGUUUAGGUCAUCGUGUAAUUGUAACUUAGAAUGUUGUACAAAAUUGUGUAUGUUAAUCCUAAAUCCUGUUAUUU